AUGAAGCUUUCGUCUGCACACCGGACAGAUCCAUCUCCUCGCUCCUAUUUGUUCCGCGUACUGUCCCGCUUCGUGGUCUGCUCCACCCUUCUCCUGGGCAUCAGCGUGGCUCUGAAAUCCCGCUCUCGUCUCUCCCUCCUCCUCCCCCACCUCUCAUCCAACCAACCUACAAUCAUGUCUUACCAACAGGAACGUUAUAUCGCCGAAUUGGCCGUCCAGCGGGCGUGCCUCCUGACACAGAAGGUCUUCUUCGAGAAGGCCAAGGGCACAGUCUCCAAGGACGACAAGUCCCCCGUUACCAUUGGCGACUUCGGCGCUCAGGCCCUCAUCAUCUCGGCCAUCCGCAAGAACUUCCCCAAUGACGAGAUCGUCGCCGAGGAGGAGGCUAGCUCCUUGCGUGAAGACAAAGACCUCAGCGCUGAGAUCUGGCGCUUGGUCAAGGACAUCAAGCUGGACGAUGCGGAGAGCGAUAAUAUUCUGGGUGGCCCUCUCACCAGUGAGCAGAGCAUGCUGGACAUCAUUGAUAACGGCAACAGUGCCGGUGGUCCUAAGGGCCGUAUCUGGGCGCUCGAUCCCAUCGACGGCACCAAGGGCUUCCUCCGUGGCGGCCAGUACGCCGUGUGUCUUGGUCUGAUGGUUGACGGUGACGUCAAGGUCGGUGCUAUUGGUACUCCUAACCUCCCCGUCGACGAUGCUGCCCCAAUUGAUGCCAGCACCGGUGCGCAGCAGUCCGCGACUGCCGGAAACGGUGUCCUGUUCUCUGCUAUCCUGGGUGAGGGUGCCACCAGUCGUCCUCUGGGCAGUGGUACUCUUGCUGCCAGCAAGCCCAUCUCCAUGCGUCCCGUCGCCAAGAUCUCCGACGCUGUCUUCUGCGAAGGCGUUGAGGCUGCGCACUCCGCUCAAGGCGACAACGCUGCCGUUGCUCAGCUUCUUGGCAUCACCGCUCCGAGUGUGCGACUGGACUCGCAGGCCAAGUACUGCUCCAUUGCCCGUGGUGCCGGUGACGUCUACCUGCGUCUCCCCGUCAAGAAGGACUACCAGGAGAAGAUCUGGGAUCACGCUGCUGGUGACUUGAUCGUCCGCGAGGCUGGUGGCCAGGUGACUGACAUUUACGGCAACCGCUUGGAUUUCAGCAAGGGCCGGACCUUGGCUGUCAACAAGGGUGUCGUUGCUGCUCCGAAGGCCCACCAGGACCAGGUCAUUGCUGCCGUCAAGACCGUUCUGAAGCUGUAA